AUGGAUGUACCUCUAAUAAUGGAUGUACCACUAACAAUGGAUGUUCCAACGGAACCAAACACCAAAACCCCGCAAAUCCUAAGCUCAAUCCUCUCCCAAAGCAGCCUUUGUUACUCCGAAGACACAAAAUUUCUCAUCCGUGACCACCUCCUCUCUCUCCUCACAAACUAUCCAACACUCAAACCUGGAACCAACACCAUGAUUUACAAAAUUAGUCUCGGCGCCUUCAACAUAGUCCAAGCCGACAGCACUAUUCCCAUGACCUACAAAGCUGUAACUUACCAUACUCCAAUAGUUAUUUCUCUACUGGAAUCUUACCCUCGUCACCCUCCUCUAGUCUAUCUUAACCCUCCACCAUAUUUGAAAAUCAAACUCCAUCAUCCUUAUGUUAGCUCUUCUAGUUUGGUUAUUGUUCCUUAUUUGCAGAAUUGGAUCUAUCCUACUUCAAAUUUGGUAGACCUUGCUCUCGAUCUAAGCCUAACUUUUGGUCGUGAGCCACCUCUUUUUUCUAACCCUAACCCUAACCCUAACCCAACAAGGGGGUGCAUAAUCAUGUGA